UGGGGCAGAGAGGAGAUGCUCCAUCUUGGUCUAAAGUUGGCAAACGAGAGUUCUGAGGAGCGACUAACUGAAUGUGUUGUUGUGUCCCUCGUCACUCUGCAGAUCUUCCUGUGGGAGCAGAACCUGGAGCAGUUUCACAUGGAUCUGUUCCGCUUCAGGUGCUACCUGGCCAGCCUGCAGGGAGGAGAGCUGCCCAACCCCAAACGCCUCCUGGCUGUUGCCUCUCGCCCCACCAAGCUUGCAAUGGGCCGGCUGGGUAUAUUCUCAGUCUCUUCCUUCCAUGCACUGGUGGCAGCACGCACAGAGAACGGAGUGAGACGGCGAACCCAGGCCAUGUCUCGUUCCUGCAGCAAGCGCAAGAGCAGGUUCUCCUCCCUUUGGGGCCUGGACACUACCUCAAAGAAAAAAACAAAAGCCCAUCCCAGUAUCAACCAGCAGGUCUUUGCUGAUGGCGGCGAGCCAGUGAAAAAGCCUGUAGAUGGCAUACAUGUUGAUCCUGCCAAGGAACACAGAAAAGGUGAGGAAGGAUGUGUGAAAAGCCUUCCGCGGCCCAGCACGGAAAGUGACAUCUGGGUCCCCGACCACCUCACCCCCUCCUGGGUGUGUCUGCCAAAUGACCAGCCGGUGCUAACCAUCAUCCAGCCAGGGGAGUCAGCACUGUGCGUUCUGGAAACUAUCUGCAAGGCUCACCAGCUGGAUCCCACCAAGCACUACUUGCGUCUCAAAUUCCUUAUCGAAAACCAAGUGCAAUUAUACAUUCCCAAACCAGAAGAGGAUGUGUGCGACUUGCUUUACAAAGAAAUUGAGCUCUGCUCCAAAAUUACAAAAGUAAUCCAGUUUGACAGAGAUGAAUCCUGCAUGAUUGGUUACGGUUUCUCCAUUUCUGUGGUGGAGGAGGAUGGAGUACAGCAGCUCUACAUCACGGAUGUGAAGGCGGGCGGAUUAGCCUUCGCCAAAGGUCUAAAUGCAGGGGAUGAAAUACUUCAGCUGAACGGGAAAGACUCUCACAGUCUCAACUUCUCCGACAUGAAGGCGGCAUUCUCUCAAGCUUCGCUGGCUUUGACAGUCAACACCCUGCCUUCUGUGGAACGCCGUCAGCUCUGCUACCUGCCGCCACGCCGCUCUGACGCAGAGGAUGAUCUCUACACGGACAUCUUCUCCCAGAGUCAAGAGGAGAUCCUGGACGACGGAGUGGGACUGUUGCUCGAGAGCUCAGGAGAUAGCCUGGACGACGACUCUGAGAUCUUCAGCCAGUUUGAGUGCAGAAAGAGUACGGAGCAGGUCGCUGCUUUCUGCCGCAGUCUCCAUGACAUGAAUCCCACCGAGUGUGUGUCCUCUUCGCCUAGCCCAGACUCGCCGUUCCCACCUCCGUCAACUCUGCGACAGCUCUCGGAUGCCGACAAGCUACGCAAAGUCAUCUGCGAACUUGUGGAGACCGAACGCACCUAUGUCAAAGAUCUUAAUUGCCUCAUCGGGAGAUAUUUAACCCCACUGCAGAAAGAGACCUUCCUCACACAGGAUGAGCUGGAUGUACUGUUUGGGAACUUGCCGGAAAUGGUGGAGUUCCAGGUUGAGUUUCUCAAGACCCUGGAAGACGGGACCAGAUUGGUUCCAGAUCUAGAGAAAUUGGAGAGAGUGGAUCAGUUCAAGAAAAUCCUCUUCUCCCUGGGAGGCUCUUUCCUGUAUUAUGCAGACCGUUUUAAAAUCUACAGUGCUUUCUGCGCCAGCCACACCAAAGUCCCUAAGGUCCUCGUAAAGGCCAAAACCGAUCAUGAAUUCAAGGCCUUCUUGGAUGACCGCAACCCCAAACAGCAGCACUCUUCCACCCUUGAGUCAUACCUGAUCAAACCCAUCCAGAGGGUGCUGAAGUAUCCCCUGCUGCUGAAGGAACUCUACUCGCUCACAGACCCUGACAGCGAGGAGCAUUACCACCUGGAUGUUGCCAUGAAAGCCAUGAACAAAGUUGCCAGCCACAUCAACGAAAUGCAGAAGAUCCAUGAGGAGUUUGGGGCAGUGUUCGAUCUACUCAUCACUGAGCAGAGUGGUGAAAAGAAAGAGGUGGCUGAUCUGUCCAUGGGUGACCUGCUACUCCACACCAGUGUGACCUGGAUCAACCCCCCUGCCUCCUUGGGAAAGUGGAAGAAAGAGCCCCAGAUAGCUACAUUUGUGUUCAAAACAGCAGUGGUCUUUGUAUGCAAGGAUGGAUCCAAGCAGAAGAAGAAAAUGGGUGGCUCCCAUCGUGUCUCUAUAUCUUCUGAAGAAAAAGACCCCUUCCGAUUCCGUCACAUGAUCCCAACUGACGCUCUUCAAGUCAGAUCCUUGGGCAAUGCAGAUGGCGAGGGCUCGGCUGUGUGUGAAAUUGUCCACAUAAAGUCGGAGUCAGAGGGACGGCCAGAGAGGACAUUCCAGCUGUGCUGUAGUUCUCCAGAGAGUAGAAAGGACUUUCUGAAGACAGUCCAUUCCAUCUUGAGGGAAAAGCACCGCCGGCAGCUCCUUAAAACGGAGAGUUUACCCCUCAACCAGCAGUAUGUGCCUUUUGGAGGAAAGCGCCUCUGUGCCCUGAAGGGAGCCCGUCCCGCCAUAAAUAGAGCAGCAUCUGCACCGACCAGAACUCUAGGCAGAAGGAAGUUAGUGCGCAACCGUUUCACCAUAGACACCGACAUAGUUUUUGAUGGCGACCCCGAACAGGACCUUGCUUCGCCACAGGAGCCCGACUCAAAUCGGCUGCAGCAGGACGACAAACCAGACGAGCCGCAGCAGUCUGAGUUAGCAGGUGACACAGACCGCUGGGUGGAAGAACAGUUCGACCUAGAAGAAUACGAGGACCCGGAAGAGGUGAAGGAGACAGACAUCCUUAGUGAUGAGGACGACGAGUUCUGCCAAACACCCAGGGCGCUGUCCGCUGAGGCCGACCUGGAGGCCCCCGUCAUGGCUUUGUCCUUGGAGAGUGAGGAAACGGAGGAGAGCGAGAGCCUUAAGUCCCCAAAGGCCAGCGGGACACCCGAUGAUGUGAAGCUGUCCAACACAGAGAAGCAGAGCGCCGUGAUCGAUGCAAAGCAAAUGGAGAAGGGUGAAAUUUGGGUAAGAAGGCAGCGAUCCGGUUCGUCCCCAGACUGUGGCACAUAAAAGCUGAAGGACAGGCAGACUGCUUUACACAGGCUCCAGCAAGAUCAGUCUUCACAAACAAUGCAUGGGCAUUGACAUAUAUCUACAUAAACAUAUAUGAGGAGAUAUAUCCUUCCUUACCUUACUUUGCUGAAUGCUUUUUGUACAGGUAGGAUCAGUGGAGCAAUACAGGAAUCUAGAACGAGGGAGCUUUCGUUAUCCCAAAUCAAAUGCUGUUACAUAAGAGGUCAAGUGUAAGCUUUGAGAGAUGAACUAAUGGUACAAUCAUGGAAUCUAAUCAGUUGCUUUGAUUGGCAUGGUUUGCACAUUUGGGCAGCAUUCUAUAGUCCUGCCUGCUGUUGCCAAAUUUAGGUAUUGUGAGAACAUUUGAUAUUUGUUUUGUCUGUGUGACUCAAAGAUAUUAUCAUAGUUAAGGGCUGUAUAUUGUUUGUCCUUAAAAAUAUAGAAUUGCAAAGGACAGUAUUUUCUUGCAUAGUUUACUGUACUUGUACAUUUUCACAUGAAUAUACACUGACAUGUUUUUGGGAACAUAUUUUCUAGUUAUGUAUAAUAUGAUUUGGAUCUCUUGCUUUACAGACUUAAAGCUAUCUUUUUAGCCUGGAAAAUAUUUUGUUUGCUCUCUUGUGACAUUUAAUAGUGAAAUUAUGUAAUAGCCCCUAUGUCAGAGGCUAGGGGCAUUUUAAAUUUGUUUUAACUUAAUCCUGUUUUACUUGAAUUUGCCGUUUCAUUUAUUUGUUUUACUGUCAAACCAUUUUCUUGUAUUUUUGCUCUUCAGUAUUGCCAUUUCAAGAACGCUCGAUGUUACAUUUCAUUCUUAAUACUUAGGGGUGCACACUAUUGUAGAGCAUUUGCACAUCAGUUAUUUUUAAAGUGUUAAAAUAUUUUCACUGGUAAUGGAUCACAAAGCAAUGUUUUUUUUAUUUAUUCAUAUGUAAAUGAAUUUGUUAGCAAAAAGCAUUAGUAAUCUUUUUUUUUUCACAAUGAAAGUCCAAAUUUGCUCAAGCAAUCAAGGGGAAAGACUUGCAGUAUGCCUGAACAGUGAAAGAAGUCAUACUUGUAAACAACUCAUUGUGCUACUAAGACUGCAUUUUUAUUACCGUGUGUAUAUAGAAAAAUGUAUUGAUAUCAUAAUAAAUACAGUUGUUUCCUACUUAUAAUUCAAA